AUGAGUGAUAUUGAGAGUAAUAAUGAUGAUGAUAACCACAACAACAACAACAAUAAUAAUGAUGGUGAUGAUGAUGAUGAUGAUGAUGAAGUUGUAGAUGAAUUUGAUGUUGAAGAGAAUAAUGAUGAAACUCGUGGCAAUAACAAUAACAAUAACACCAAUAAUGAUCGUGUUAAAGUGACAUCGAUUAGAGAUGAUAUAAGUCUUGUUAGAUUUGCUUAUAUCAUUCUCUUUGGAAUAGUCGGUGUUCUAAUUAGAUACAUGGCGAAUGCUCUGUUUGUUCGUGGUUUUCAUAAGGAUUCGUUUUGGAGUACCGCUGUCAUCAAUAUCAUUGGUAGUGCCAUCAUUGGAUUCCUUCAUGUGGUGGGUGUCGAGAAGAAAGCAAUCAAUGUCAACCUGAGGUACGGUCUUUUGGUUGGACUACUCGGUGGAUUUACAACAUUCUCGGGAUAUGCUUUGGAUUCCGUACUUCUAUUCGAGAAAAAACAAACCAAAUAUACAAUCAUCGGUGUAUUCUACUACAUCCUAUCACCUGUCGCCGGCAUAGCUGUAACACUCAUAUCAAUUCACCUAACAAGAAGAUUCUUUCGACCUGAACAAAGACAACAACCUAAUCAUAACAAUAGCAAUGAUAAUAACAAUAAUAACAAUAAUAACAAUCAUAAUGAUAUUGAAUUACAACAAAGAUAA